AUGGCGGGAGAAAUAUCUAUCACAGUUGGUGGCAAAGACCGCGUCAAACCAGCCGCGGCUCUCUUCGCCAAAGCCUUCGAAGAUGAUCCUAUGAUUACAUACUUGCUCUGUACCAUGACGGAUGAAAAGCGCAUCGCCUAUCUCCCAGAGUAUUUUGAACGGCUGGCCACCGCGGCGAGCCUGAACGGCGCCUCUUUUCCUGAAGCCGAGGAUUGGAAGGCGUGUGGUGGGUUAAUCCCCCCCGGAAAGCGAGUGGACAAUUUCUGGACUCUCAUCCCUGCCGGAUUUGCGAGUGUAUUGUGGAAUGUCGGGUUUAGUGGCUGUAUGCGCAUGCUAAGGGAAUUUACACCCCUGGCCGACGCCUGUAAAGAGAAAGGACUUGCUGGGUGCAAAGACUACUACUAUGUCUUCCUAGUUGCCACAAGGGAAGAUGCAAGAGGAAAGGGGUUGUGCUCAGCCAUUAUUCGGUAUUGGCAGGAGACUGCGGCACGUGAGGGAGUGCCGAUUUGGCUUGAGGCGACAACCGAGCAUUCUAUGCACAUUUAUUCAAAGUGUGGCUUUAAGAUUGUGGAGGAGAUGGUUAUUGGGAAGGGAAAAGCAGGGAGAGACGGGAAGGAGUGUGUAGGUGGGGAAGGGUUUAAAUUUUGGGGCAUGGUUUGGUGGCCCGACGAGAAGAAAUCAUAA